UGGAAGCUUCACUUCAGUGUCAACAAAGAUGUCUGCCAAGCGGAAAAACGUGUUGCGUAUCAAGAUUCCAGAAAGGAGAAUAGACUAUAUAAUGUCUCUUGUUCCAAAACCAUUUGCUGAUUCAGAGGCAGAAGAAUCAUCUGAUGAUGAAUCAACAUUGGCUGAUGGUCCACAAAAGAAUGUAGAAGAGCACAGUAGUCUCACCAUCCUUGACCCAGUUUAUGAGCAGCUCAUAUUUGAAGACAUUUCAGAUGCUCCUAUGGAGAUAUGGACAUUGGAUGUGAAUCAAUCAGGUACAGGCUCAUCUCCAACUGCUGAAAUGAUGCAUACUGCGCUUCCUGGAGUAUCCUGCAUUUCACCUGCUACAACAGUACAAUCACCAUUAUCAUCUGUUGUCACAGAUGAACAACAGUCCAGUAAUAAAAGUGAACAACCAUCACCAUCUGUUGAUAGAGACAAACAACAACCUGGAGUGUCCAGAAUCAUGACUCCGCCUUCCAGAACAACACGUGCAUCAUCCAUUGGAAGGACUUCCAAGGAGGGAAGGACACAUUUGCAGAAAAGGAUAUCUCAUCCAAAGACAGCAAAGAAACUGACUCAAAAACAAUUCAAGUGGAAAAAAACACACUUUGGAGGUGAAGCAGCCAUUACUGAUCCUGAGUUCCCACAUCCUGAGAGACAUGAGACACCGUAUCACUAUUUUAAGUAUUUCUUUGAUGAUGCUCUUAUUGAUUUGAUAGUAGAGAAUACUAAUUUAUACUCUACACAAGAGUCCGGUAAAUGUUUGGGUAUAAAUAAAUAUGAUAUAAUGGAUUUUCUGGCCAUAGAGUUACUUAUGGGGGUUGUCCAAAUGCCCAGCUAUACCGAUUACUGGUCAGGUAAUCUCAGAUUUGAUAAAAUAGCCAAUAUAAUGCCAUUGAAACGAUACCAAAGUAUUAGGAGGUUUUUACAUUUUGCUAAUAAUGAACACAUGAAUGAUGAUCGUUAUUACAAAAUUAGACCUGUACUAGAGCACAUAAGACAGAAAUGUGUUUCAUUAGAGCAGGAGAAAAAAAACUCCAUUGAUGAAAUGAUGAUCCCCUAUAAGGGUACCCGUGCUGGCUCUAGAAGCCAGUACAUGAAGAAUAAGCCAACAAAGUUGGGAUUCAAAUUGUAUGUCAGAGCCAGCAUCUCUGGUAUAAUACAUGACUUUAUUAUAUAUAUGGUGGGGAUGAUACAUUUAAGAAUAAUGUGUUCACAGAUGAGGUGCAGCAACUUGGUUUUGGUGCUAAAAUAGUAGUUGCACUCUGUCAAAGUAUCCACAAUAUGCCAGGAUCUGUUGUGUACUUUGACAAUUUUUUUACAUCUCUUGAAUUAAUGCACUACUUGCGAUAUGAGUUGGGAAUUUUUAGCUUAGGAACAAUUCGAACUAAUCGCCUUCGAGGUUGUGAGCUUUUAUCUGACAAGGAAUUGAAAAAAAGGGCUGAUGUUCAUUUGAUUACCGUGUAGACAAUAAGGAAAAUGUGUCAAUUGUAAAAUGGUAUGAUAAUAAACCUGUGCAUUUAUGUAGCACUUACAUUGCUACUGAGCCAGUCAGUAAAAUAUCACGAUACUCAACUGAGCAAAAAAAAAAAACGCAUUGAGGUACCAUGUCCACAAAUUGUAAAAGACUACAAUCAGCACAUGGGAGGAGUUGACCUAGCCGAUAUGCUGGUAGCUCUCUAUCAUACAGGUCUAAGAUCGCAUAAGUGGUAUUUGGGGAUAUUUUCACAGUUAUUAGAUAUUAGUGUGAAUAAUUCUUGGCUGCUUUCUAGGAGAUAUCAUGGUCUGCUGAAAAUAGGCGGAAAGCAUGUUAUUUUGAAGGAAUUUCGAACUUCAAUUGCUCAAAGCUUGUUGCUUUAUGGCAGACGCAAGAGAACUGCAAAGUAGAGCAAGUACCACGGCCCGAAAAAAUCAUCAAGACUCCCAAAACUCUAAGGCCUUCAGCAGAUGUGCGAUAUAAUUGUACAGAUCAUUUUCCAAUUUUCGGUAAAAGGGGAUGAUGUAUGCACUGCCCCACGGGACAAACAAAUGCUAUUUGCACAAGAUGUCAACUUCGUUUGUGCUUCACUGGUGAGAGGAAUUGUUUUCCACUAUUCCAUAAGGAAAAAGGAAAUACAGGAAAGUAGAUGUAAGUAAUUGUAUAAGAUUGGUACACUACAGUAAUGUACUAUUGUACUGUAAAUACGCAGACUAGAUUGUAAGGUUUAUUUUAGAUUAUAAGGCUUUGCUUACCGUACUUAGUAUGUAAAUAAUUCUAUAAACAUUUUUAUUUAUUCUUUCAUUACUAUUAGGUACUAUGUAAUUUACAUCAUUAGCACUUAGCUCACUAUAUGACUGUUACCCAAUAAAUGUAUCUUGAUUUUUCAAUGGCAUAAUUAGAGAGGGGGAGAUACGAAAUAAAUUAAAGUGAGAGAGAGUGUGCAAGGUGAGCACAGUAAUAUGAAAUAAUAAGAAAUUAGAUUAGAUAACACUAUAAGACUUUGAUUACAUACUUCUAAGCUGAGUAAAUAAUUCUACAAGUGUCUAUAUUUUUUAUAUUUCUUCAUUACUAUUUUAUUAAAUAAUUUACAGCAUUACCACUUAGUAUAUGCUAGCAAUUAAAUGUAUAUUUUUAUUUCUAAAUUGCAUAUUAUUUUUCCA